AAAGAUUGCAUCAUCAAUGAUCUAUUAAAUGGUAUUCAAAUUCAAGAUAUUUCAAGGCAAGACUCGGCUUAUGCUACAUACAGAGACAAAGGCCUUUAUUUUGUACGCCUUAAUAUUAGUGUUAGUGAUUUAAUACCUGUGGCCACGAUCAACUGCUCCGAAGUUAUGUUAAAUGUGGUCGAGAUGGUGUGCCAGGUUACCGUCACGACAGCUGACAGCUAUAUCGCUAUGAUACCUCUUCUAAAUGUAUGGACAAAAAACGAUUGCAGAUUUUUAUUCCGGUAUAGUUCUGGGCCUGCUAAGCAAAGACUGGAGUCUCUUGGCGUCAUGCCGCCUGCCCCGAUACCAUUGCCUACAGAGUUGGCACCAAGAAACAACAGUAAAGGCAACGAAGAAUUAUCAAAGCAAUCGAAAGCGGAGACCCAAUACGCCACAAUUAUAGGUCUAGCAAUCGGGCUGAUCGUAUUGAUAGUUGUUUUCGCAGUUUUUGUUUACAUUAUCAAGGACAAAAUAAAAUCUCCAACAACAGAAAAGCAACAAACACAAGGCUUUUGUAUUGCGGACCACAGUGACGUUAUCAAUACAAACAAGCACGGGGUCCCUUGUUCCAGCAACGUUUACAGAACGCCGUACGGCGAAUGGGAUACUGAAGGCGGACAUCGACACAGGGACUUGUACGCUCUGCCAGCCGUUGAUAACCGUUACAGUUGCAGAACCUACGAGACACCAGACAUCAUCAAAGAGCAGUCACAGGCCGAGGGCUACAUAGAUCAACCCGAUUACAUUGAAGUGAUAGAUCAUUAUUCUAGUAUCAGUAAGAAGACUUGAAAACGGACCACAUACUAUAGUGUUGAAACCAUUUAAUUAUUAAGCGUUUCUUGCGAAAAAUGUUAUAUUCAAAGAGUAGUUGGAUUUAGUGAAUGAUAUUUUAUUUUAAUUUGACAAGAAAUGUAUUUAAUUUUACUACUAAGUAAAUCAUAUUAUAAACGCUGUAUUGCACAUACUAUUUGUACAAGCAUAUUAACAUAAUAUAGGGAUGAACUAAGAGUUUGCGUAUGUUUUUUCUUUUGUCUUUGAGUUUGGUUUUGUUCUCUUCCCAAGUUUAAAUGAUUCACAGUGACGAAGCUAGGGUAUGUAGCUAAUAUGGAUAUACUAAGAUUACAUAACAGCAUACAUGUAGACAACAUAAUUAUUAAAGAUUUUUAAUAUUACAGGAUUUCUAUAAAUUUCUACAAUUGUUUAGGUCGACAGUUUAUUUACAUAUGUUAUACAUAAUUUACACAUAUAUUAUUAGUCCACCGUUUCUUGCUAAUAGUCUAGUUGAAACGGUUGUUAAAAAAAGGGAAAAGAAAAACAAAUGUAUGUAUUUCUAUUAAAAUGUGUUUAAAACAAGUCAGAUCAUUGGUAGGGUGACAGCGAAAUCUUAAACAGACAAACGAUUCGUACUCAUAAUUGUAUUUUAAAUGUAUAAAUGUUUGCAAUUUGCAUCGUUGCUUUAAAGAAAAACUUGAAAUUAAAGAAAUUAGUUAAUUAAAUUAUAAACCUCGUUUUACUGUUUUAAAUAUUCACCUUUAACAUAAAGCAGCGGUAAAUUCCACUGAAUUUUCUAUUAUAGUCUAAAAAUUAAUGAAACACGAUUAGGGAAAAUCUGAUUAUUCGAAUAAACAAAUAGAGCCUAAAAGUUAUUA